AUGGCAGCCCUCAUACAAAAAGGCACCAAAGCCAUCCUCUCCAAACAACCCACCGACAUUGUCAUCCUCUCCGCCCUCCGCACCCCGAUUACGCGCGCGAAGAAAGGCGGGUUCAAAGAUGCUUACGACCACGAACUCCUCGCCCACGUCCUCAAAGCCACUCUCGCCGCAGUCCCCAAUCUCGAUCCCGCCGUGAUAAACGAUAUCCAAAUCGGGACUGUGUUGUCCGAACUCGGCGGUUCGAAGGCCGGGAGGAUGGCGGCGUGCCAUGUGGGAUAUCCCGAGACUGUAGCCUUUCAGACGGUGAAUAGGGCGUGUAGUAGUGGGCUUGCGGCGAUCACGGGGGUGGCGAAUUCUAUCUCGACGGGCCAGAUUGAUGUCGGGGUGGGAGGCGGGAUGGAGAGUAUGACGCGGAAUUAUGGGAGUCGGGCGAUUCCUACACAGUUGUGGUCGGAGCUUAAGGAGUCCCCGGUGCAGGAUGCGAGGGCUUGUAUUAUGAGUAUGGGGUUGACGGCGGAGAAUGUCGCGGAGAGAUAUAACAUCAGUCGAGCAGAUCAGGAUGCUUUUGCCGCAAAGUCACACCAGAAAGCCGCGAAGGCGCAACAGGAGGGUCUGUUUGACAAGGAGGUUGUACCCGUCACCACCCGCUGGCGACCUAAUCCAGAACAGCCGGAUCUAGAAGAGGAAAUCACAGUAACGAAAGACGACGGCAUCCGUCCCACUUCCUCACCGGAAAGUCUCGCGAAAAUGAAACCCGCCUUCAAACCCGACGGCACGGCUACAGCGGGAAAUAGUUCCCAAGUCUCCGACGGCGCCGCCGCAGUCUUGAUGAUGCGCCGCUCGACCGCCACCUCCCUCGGCCUCAACCAAAACAUUAUAGGCAAAUUCGUGCAAACGGCCAUCAUAGGUUGUAAACCCGACGAAAUGGGGAUCGGCCCCGCCUUAGCUAUCCCCAAACUCCUCUCCCUCACCGGCCUCUCCACCUCUGAUAUAGGCGUAUGGGAGAUCAACGAGGCGUUUGCGGCGCAGGCGGUGCAUUGUGUGCGGGUUCUUGGGUUGGAGGGGCUGGGGGAGGAGAGGGUGAAUCCGAAGGGUGGGGCUAUUGCGUUGGGGCAUCCGUUGGGGGCGACGGGGGCGAGGCAGGUGGCUGCUCUAUUGCCGGAGUUGGAGAGGCAGGGCAGGGAGAUGGGGGUUGUUAGUAUGUGUGUUGGGACGGGGAUGGGGAUGGCUAGUUUGAUUGUUAGAGAGUAG